AUGGUCUCCUUCAGCUCUCUCAUCACUACCUUGUUGGUGGUAACUAGUGCUGCCAUUGCCAAACCAACACCCAAGCUCACUGAGCAGCCGGUAGUGACCUACCUUGGCACGCAAGGACCAAUUCUAUCAAGCGGUGCCUGGACAUCCAAGGGAAUAGUAUACACUUCGGGAACCGUGCCCUCACGCAACGGAACAAUCGUUUCUGGGGGUAUUGAGGCCCAAACAGCCCAAGUCAUCAAGAACAUCGCGGCCGUGCUUGAAGAGGCCGGUACAUCGUGGGAUUAUGUCAUGAAGACGACCGUUUUCCUUGCCAACAUGUCCGACUACUCUGCCAUGAACGAGGUGUAUGCUGCCAUGCUUCCCAGUCCUAAGCCUGCUCGCACUGCUGUCGAGGUCGGAAAGCUUCCAGGAAAUUUUCUCAUCGAGGUCGAGGCAAUUGCUGCUAUCCCUGAUUCAUGAGUUGGGCACGAGAAGAAAGAGGGAUGAUGUUGUGUAACUGCGGGUAAUACAGCAUAUGUCAAUCAAAGUAAGCAGUCAUUGCGAGUUUGCC